AUGGGCAAGCGGGUUAUUGGAGCAGUGGGGGCACAGCUCAGAAACACCCUAACGUCCUCAUCCAAAGAAGCAACACGCUCACAAAGCCCUCUUCCAAGUCCCACCAAGUCUCCCAUCUCCCGAUCGAUCGCCUCAACCGAUGAUGAGCAUCUGCCGGCUCCCUCCACGUCGAUCGUGGGUAAGGGGUGUGGCUAUCCAGGAUGCAACAAGUCAAUGACACCACGGAACGGUGGGUGUGUUGAGUGCUCCAAAUGCCACAAGUUCGUGUGUAAUCAGCAUGGGCGGUAUAAGACGGGUCUUACCGCUGACGGUGGUUACGCCACCAUUGAACAAAACUCCAAUUUGUCUUUACGACGGGUGUGUCUUGAAUGCUUUUCUGCUAAACCAGAUUUGAGUCAGGGUACUCAAACAAAGGUCCACGACUUGACUCGGCUGUUCAAAAGUUUAAGAUCUUCAUUCCAGGACUCCCAUGAACUUCGUCGCAACAAAACUCAGCUCAGAUUCAUUCGAUUGGUGAAUAAAGACAUAGAGGUUACUGAGAAACAGGAUUACUGGGAAAGAGAUGAUGAAGUUGCUCAUUGUCGUGUGUGUGGCGUUACUUUUCUGUGGUGGAUUCGAAAACAUCAUUGUCGUCUUUGCGGACAAAUAGUGUGCGAUGAUCCAGAAGGAAAUCGCCAAUUUUGCUCAUUGAUGGCUCCUGUUGGUUUAUUUGUGGAGAAACUACCUGACCUUAAUUACAACGAUGAAGUGAAGCAGAACUUGAGUAAGACUAUAAGUGAUAACACACGUUUCCGUUGUUGUGUGAAAUGCAAGGACGAUCUCCUAGUCAAUUGGAAGCGAAAUCAACAAGACGUUGCUAAUGAUGAAAACGCUGCUGUAUUCGAUGAGUAUAACACUUUCAUUUUACAAAAACAUCAUUUGAAUCAAUUACUUGCAUCAUAUGCGAAGGAGCUGUCACCACGCAUAAGUUCACGGCUAGCGUUGGCCACGAAAGAGUUGGAAAAGUUAGCAACGCGCUACAGGGUAGUCUUUUUUGAUGAUACUAAUGGUAAACUAACCCCAAAAUCCAGUUACAACCCCCAACUCGUGCGGAACAUAUACCAAUCUAUUAUACUUGCCCUUGAACACUCUGUCACUGAGUUCAAGCGGCUUUCAAGCAUAUAUCAAGCUGCUGAAGAAGAGAAGCUUGAGCUCAAAAAACAACAGCAGCGUGAGAUAGAGGCGCAAAUACCGCCAGCAUCAAAACUUACCAAGAAAGAAAUACGUGAACUUCGUGAACAAUUAAUGGUCAUGAAUGAACAGAAGUUUUUGGUAGAGCUGAUGAUAAAAGAGUAUACCAAACUCCGGAAGUUCGAUGAAUUGGCCUCACUUCAAGUUAACAGCCUGGAGCUAGAGGCAACAAUCAAAGACCUCGAAAGUCAACUCGGAGAAUUUGGGUUUUAG